AUGGCCAAGAUGGAGGAAGAGAAGCAUGAUGGUGUAGCUACUACUACGGAGGAGACGUCCCCAGAGACGGUCAUCACGUCGCCCGAGGCAAGGGAGGCCAUUGUCGCGCCCGAGGAGCAUGUAGAGAAGGAUCCCGACCAACAGCCGAGUGCUGACGACAGCGACGAGAUGGAGGACGGCGAAGUCGACGAGGAUGACGACGACUACAUUCCGGUGACGAAAUCGCCCAUUCCGGCGCCCGUCCCCGUGGCUGCCAAGAAGGCAGCGACGCCACUCGAAACGUACACGCGGGGAUAUCUCGGCAUCUCGUUUGCCGCAGACUCGACCCAAGCCCCCGAGAUCGUUCUCUCUCACCUCCCGCUGACGGCGACCGAGAGCGACCUCCGCACGUACUUCAACGAGUUUGGCUCCAUCGCCGCGUGCACUCUCGCUGCGCCGAGCGCCACGGUGGCCUUCUCCGACGCGCUCAAUCGCAUCUUUACCGCGCCCCAGCACGAGAUCCUGUCGACCGUCGUGCUUGUUGCGCCCGCACCGCCGUCGCUCGACCCGGUGAUGGUGAGCCACCAUGAGGCGACGUACCCCAACAGCGGCGUCCAUCUCUCGAAUCUUCUGCCAACCAUGACGGAGCAGACGAUCAAGUCGGAAAUGAGUGCCUUUGGCGUCAUCAGCAACAUUCACCUGGUGCUGCAGCCCAAGGAAGGCAGCGAGUUUGGCUUUGGUUUUGUGACUUACCAAGACAACCGUUCCGCUGCCUUGGCCUUGACGGCGGACCGUCUCGCCCACAGAGCGAGCAUCGGCAAGCCUACAACGCUCGCCAAGUCACACACCCCUACGGUGGGCGAGGACGAGGACGUGGCGGCCGAGGCGACUUCCAAGGGCGGGGCCGUGGUGGCCGCGGUGACUUUCAAGGGCGGGGCGGUCACAGCAGCCGCGCCAUACCAGCCACCACCCGCGCCUUAUCAGCCCCCGUCUGCUGUGCCGUAUCAGGCACCGUCGUACCAGCGACCGUCGUAUCAACCACCGGCGGCGGCUGGUAGCAGCGCGUACUCGCAGGCGUACGAACCGCCGCCACCGUACGCGCCAAGUUAUGACUCCCAUCGUGGAGCCCAAGCAAGUGGCUACAAGCAAUCUCCUCUGCUGCCCCCGCCGACAUAUCAAGAGUACGCACCCAGCAGCGCGCCGUACAAACCAAGGUACUCGAGUGACCACGCCCCGCCUCCGCCACUGUCUCGGUACGACGCACCGCCGUCUCGGUAUGACGCGCCUCCACCACGGUAUGACGCACCGCCGUCUCGGUACGACGCGCCUCCACCACGGUACGACGCGCCAUCGUCUCGGUAUGACGCCCCGCCGCAGCGUUACGACGCGCCUCCGCCGUCUGCUUACGACAACCCUGGACGACACGACGUGGGUCCGCCGUAUAGCCAUAGCUAUGCGUCCCCUUCGUACCCUCCGCCGUACGCGCCGAGUGGAUACCACCCGCCGUCGUAUCCCCACGACCCGCGUACGAGGUCGGUGCUCUCAAUCUCGUAG